UCACAUUAGUUUACUUAAUAAUGUCACUUUUCUGUCAAAAAAAAACCGUUAACCAAAUUAUUUCACUUAAUUUCAUCUUUUAUUAAAAAUCCGAUAAUACAUUACAAAUCGAUUAAAAAAGAAGCGAAUUAAUUAAAUUAACCCCAACUUAAUGCUUCGAGAGAAAAAAUUAUUUCAACGAAACUAAACAUAACCUCAAAAAAUGGAAACCGUUGACAUCCAAGCCGUUGAAUCAAAAUUAAGUGAUGUAACAGUAACUGCAGUUCCCGUUCAAGGAAAAACGAAUCAAACCCAACAACCGAAUCAAUCGAAAUACGCUCAAUUAUUGGGGGUUAUUGAGGAGAUGGGUAGGGAAGUGCGCCCUACGUACGCUGGAAGUCGAAGUUCGGCUGAGAGAUUAAAAAGGGGCAUCGUACAGGCGAGAAUAUUAGUUAGGGAAUGUUUGGUGGAAACGGAAAGAAGCGCAAGGCAGUGAUUAAAUAAAUAAAUAUGAAUUAAUUUUUAAGAUUACCGUGAGUACUUAAAAAAAAUUAAUUAACAUUCCUUGAUUACAAAGAUUUCUUAUUUAUUUAGGCUAGGCACACACAGUCGAUUCUAUAUAUUAAGUUUUUAAUCAGCUGUUUGUGCCUAGCAAUAAAGAAACUUUAUGUACCAAAUAUGUAUACAAAUAUAUACGCGUGUCUUAGUCAACAACUCUCAGGUUUCGAGUGAAUUAGAUUUAUUUAAAACUAAGAAAUAAAUGUAUUUUGUAAUAAUAAUAAUCAUAAAAUAAACUAUUUUUAGUAAA